CAAACAGUUUACAUCAUUAUUCCAGAAAGAUCCACAGCUGGCUCGUCUGCCAGGGGCCAUCGGUGUUGCUCUAUUUAAGUGCGCAGGCAUAAGAGCCAGCAGUUUUCUGAGUGCUGCUAAGGCCCAGACACAAAAUGGACAUCGCCAUCCAGCAUCCAUGGUUCCGUCGCUCCUUCUGGCCAUCCUUCUUAUCCAGCCGAGUCUUUGGGGAGCACUUUGGGGAGCCCAUCUCUGAGACCGAUUUGAUUCCCUCACUGUACUACCCACGACCUUCCUUUCAGCGCUGGCCAAGCUGGGUGGACAGUGGCCUUUCUGAGAUGAAAAUGGAAAAAGAUCGAUUUUUACUAAAUCUGGAUGUCAAACACUUUUCACCAGAGGAGCUGUCAGUGAAAAUCAAUGGAGAUUUCAUUGAAAUUCACGCUAAACAUGAGGAUCGUCAGGACGAUCACGGUUUUGUCUCCCGAGAAUUUAUAAGAAAAUACCGUGUCCCUGCUGGUGUGGAUCCAGCCUCUGUCACUUCUUCCCUGUCUUCAGAUGGUGUUCUGAUGGUGACAGCCCCACGCAAGCACUCGGACGGCCCGGAGCGCACCAUUCCUAUCACCCGUGAUGACAAGCCCGCCCUGGCUGGGCCUCAGAAGAAGUAAAGCUGCUAGACUUCAAUGUUUCAACGUUAUGUCCCUUGUCUUCCCCUGUCCCAUUGUGCUCCUGCUAAAUUACAAGGGAAUAACUUACUAGUCCAACAUUACUGACUGGCCAAAAUGGUUAUGUUGUCUUUGCUAAGGCUGCAAGAGAAACAAACAGAUAUUAGGCUGAAACUCCAUCAACAUCAAAACUGUAAACAGUCUCAA